CUGAGAGAGCAAAACAGAGAGGGGAUGGGGGGUGUUAGCCAGCAAAAAGCAACAUAGAGCUCAGGCAAGGCUGACUGCCGCUCUCUUUCCCUUUCUCUCUGACACGCACACUCUCUUGUGCAUGCACACAAACAAACACACACUCAGCAGCAGACAGCCGCAACAUCCGCAUCGCUCGCUGCCCACCCGCAUCCUUCUCUCCCUCGUUCCCAGCCUUUCCCUCUCGGAGCGCUCUCCUCUUUCUCCCACUCGCUCCGUCCGCAACGCCUCAUCCUGCCGUCCUGUCCCCACUCUGCUGUCUGUCACCGUGGCGACAUAGCCUCUGCAGCCAUGGCGACCAGCCAGCAGGAUUCAGGCUUCUUUGACAUCAGCAUCAAGUCUCUGCUCAAGUCUUUGGGAGGCACCUCUCCAGUGGGACUGAAGCCGCCCCUCCCGCCAGUCAGUGGAACCCUGGGAGAGAGGAAGGGUCCUGUCGUCAUGGCGCCCGUCAACGUGGACCCCGAGAGCAAGCCGGGCGAGUUCGUCCUAAAAAGCUUGUUUGCGAACUUCACCUUGCUCUCUGAACGCAAGAUUCGUAUCAUCAUGGCCGAACCUCUGGAGAAGCCUCUUAACAAAUCUCUGCAGAGAGGAGAAGACCCACAGUUCGACCAGCUGAUCAGCAGUAUGAGUUCUCUAGCAGAGUACUGCCUCCCAUCCAUCCUGAAGACUCUGUUUGACUGGUACAAGAGGCAGAACGGCCUCGAAGACGAGUCCCAUGAGUAUCGACCCAGGGCCAACACCAAGUCAAAAAAUGAUGAGCAACAAAAGGACUAUUUACUGGAACGGAGGGAUCUGGCAAUAGACUUCAUCUUUUCUCUGGUGCUUAUAGAAGUUUUGAAACAGAUUCCGCUUCAUCCUCUUUUGGAUGGACUCAUCCAAGAAGUUAUAAAUCUGGCCUUUAAGCACUUCAAAUACAAGGAGGGGUAUCUGGGGCCCAACACAGGCAACAUGCACAUAGUGGCUGACCUCUAUGCUGAAGUAGUGGGAGUUGUAGCUCAGUCGAGGUUCCCAGCAGUGAGGAAGAAGUUCAUCUCUGAGCUCAAGGAGCUCAGACAGAAGGAGCAGAGCCCGUAUGUCAUCCAGUCCACCAUCAGCCUCAUUAUGGGACUGAAGUUUUUCCGCAUCAAAAUGUACCCAGUGGAAGACUUUGAAGCUUCCUUCCAGUUCAUGCAGGAGUGUGCACAAUAUUUCUUGGAAGUGAAGGAUAAAGACAUUAAGCACUCAUUAGCUGGACUCUUUGUGGAAAUACUUGUACCUGUAGCUGCUACUGUGAAGAAUGAGGUGAACGUGCCAUGUCUACGGAAUUUUGUCGAAAGUUUGUAUGACACCACCCUGGACCUGUCCUCUAGGAAGAAGCACUCUCUAGCUCUGUAUCCUCUGGUGACCUGCCUGCUGUGUGUCAGUCAGAAGCAGUUCUUCCUCAGCCGCUGGCACAUUUUCCUCAACAACUGCCUCUCGAACCUCAAGAAUAAAGACCCAAAGAUGGCACGUGUGGCUCUUGAAUCUCUCUACCGCCUGCUGUGGGUUUACAUGAUCCGAAUAAAGUGUGAGAGCAACACUGGAACACAGAGCCGUCUGACGUCCAUCACUUCCACUCUGUUCCCCAAAGGGAGUCGUAGCGUUGUUCCCAGAGACAUGCCCCUCAAUAUUUUUGUCAAGAUUAUCCAGUUUAUUGCGCAGGAGAGACUGGAUUUCGCCAUGAAGGAGAUCAUAUUUGACCUGUUGAGCGUCGGGAAGCCUGCCAAAGCCUUCAGUCUCAACCCGGAGCGAAUGAACAUAGGUCUCCGGGCGUUCCUGGUGAUAGCAGAUGCUCUGCAACAGAAGGACGGAGAGCCUCCUAUGCCCAACACAGGAGCCACUCUGCCCUCUGGAAACUCUCUGAAGAAGAAGAAAACUUAUCUCAGCAAGACGCUCACUGAAGAGGAAGCCAAGCUAAUAGGCAUGUCCCUGUACUACUCCCAGGUGCGUAAGGCUCUGGACAACAUUCUCAGGCAUUUGGACAAGGAGGUGGGCCGUUGCAUGAUGCUCACCAGCGUCCAAAUGCUCAACAAAGAACCAGAGGACAUGAUCACCGGUGAAAGGAAGCCCAAAAUCGACCUGUUCAGGACAUGUGUGGCUGCCAUUCCUCGCAUCCUUCCCGAUGGCAUGUCCAAACCGGAACUUAUUGACUUGCUCUCACGACUGACAGUGCACAUGGACGAUGAACUUCGUCUUAUUUCCCAAAACUCCCUGCAGAGCCUGUUGCUCGAUUUCUCGGACUGGAGAGAAGAUGUCCUGUUUGGUUACACACAUUUCCUUUUACGCGAGGUCCAAGACACUCAUCAGGGUCUGCAGGAUGCAUCUGUGAAGCUCCUUCUCCAGCUGCUCACACAGUGGAGGUUAGCGCUGCAGCUCCAGGGGAAGAUGCGAGGUGGAGUUGAGGCCAGCCCCAGACUGCCUGAGCGAAGCCCUCAUUGCUCAGUGCUACAUGCGGUUGAGGGCCUGGCUCUGCUGCUCCUCUGCUCGUGCCAAAUCAGCACAAGGAAACUAGCAGUCGGCGUGUUAAGAGAAAUACGUUGCCUCUUCACAGCUCUGGGACAUGCUGAGGACGAUGACAAACCUAUGAUAGAGGUCAUGGACCAGCUGAGCCCAGCUGUAAUGGACAGCUUUGUUCAUGUGGCAGUUUCUGACUCAUCCACGUUGCCCCUCAGCCACCACGUUGAUCUCCAGUGGCUGGUGGAGUGGACGGCUCGACUGGUGAGCAGUUCGUACGACGUGAAGAGCCCCAGCCACGUUUGGAUCUUUGCCCAGUGUCUGAAGGACCCAUGGGUGCUCUGUCUGCACAUCUUCUUGCGGCAGGAGCACCUACCCAAACACUGUCCCAUCGCUCUGGGAUACGCCUGGCCCUACGCUUUCACACGGCUACAGCUGCUACUGCCACUGGUUGACCCCAACAGUCCAGUGAAUGCUAAGAAAACCAGCACAGCAGGCUCCAGCGACAGCUACAUCUCGCUGUGGCGUAACUACCUGAUCCUCUGUCUAGGCGUGGCUAAGCCGAGCAUCAUGUCUCCUGGACACCUAAGAGCUUCUACACCUGAGAUCACUGCCACCACACCUGACGGCAGCGUCACCUAUGACAACAAGGUGAUAGGAACUCCCUCUGUGGCCUGGCUUCUAAAACAGCUUGUCCCACUGAUGAGAGCAGAGAGUCUGGAGAUCACAGAGUCUCUGGUGCUGGGAUUUGGAUGCACAAAUGCUCUGGUCUUCAGGGAACUAGUUGAAGAACUCCAUCCACUGAUGAAGGAAGCACUGGAACGUAGGCCUGAGAACAAGAAGCGCAGAGAGAGACGGGAUCUUCUGAGGCUGCAGCUGCUGAGGAUCUUUGAGCUUUUGGCCAAUGCAGGAGUUAUCAGUGACAGCACCAAUGGAGCUCUUGAGCGUGAUUCCCUGGCACUGGGUGCGUUGUUCCUUGAGUAUGUGGACUUAACCCGGAUGCUUUUGGAGGCUGAGAAUGAGAAGGAACUGGAUGUACUUAAAGACAUCAGAGCCCAUUUCAGUGGGAUGGUGGCCAAUCUCAUCCAAUGUGUUCCUGUCCACCACAGGCGCUUCCUCUUCCCUCAACAGUCUCUGAGGCACCAUCUCUUCAUUCUCUUUAGCCAAUGGGCUGGACCGUUCAGUGUUAUGUUUACUCCCCUCGAUCGUUACAGUGACCGCAACCACCAGAUCACUCGCUACCAGUACUGUGCUCUCAAGGCCAUGUCAGCAGUUCUGUGUUGUGGUCCAGUUUUUGACAACGUGGGCCUCUCUACUGAUGGUUAUCUCUACAAAUGGCUUGACAACAUCUUGGCCUGUCACGACCUGCGGGUGCACCGUCUAGGAUGUGAGGUGGUCAUCCUGCUUUUAGAACUGAACCCAGACCAAAUCAAUCUGUUCAACUGGGCUGUAGAUCGCUGCUUCACUGGAUCAUACCAGCUGGCAUCUGGCUGCUUCAAGGCUAUCGCCACAGUCUGUGGUAACAGGAACUACCCAUGUGACCUGGUGACUCUGCUCAAUCUGGUGCUGUUCAAGGCCUCAGACACUAGCAGGGAAAUAUAUGAGAUCUCAAUGCAGCUGAUGCAGGUACUGGAGUCGAAGCUGUGUGCAUACUCCAAGCGAAUGGUGGAGCAAAAACCUGGUAACAUUUUGUAUGGAACACACGGCCCCCUGCCUCCCCUUUACAGUGUCAACCUGUCUCAGCUCUCCAUCCAGCUUGCCAGCAUGUACCCAGAGCUCACUCUGCCUCUUUUCUCAGAGGUGAGCCAACGUUUCCCAACCACCCAUCCUAAUGGCAGACAGAUCAUGCUAUCCUACCUGCUACCUUGGCUGAGUAACAUUGAGCUAGUCGACACGGGUCUCCUGCCUCCUGCAUCAAGCCCCUGCACACCAGAAGAGGAGCCUCGUGGUCAGGCACAGGGUCUGGGUCUGUCCCCCAGUCUGAGAGGUAACGGCUGGGGCUCCUUGCAGGCAACUUCACUGGUACUCAACAACCUCAUGUUCAUGACCGCUAAGUAUGGAGACGAGGUUCCUGGACCAGAGAUUGAGAAUGCCUGGAAUGCUUUGGUGUCCAACGAGAGGUGGAGCAACAACUUGAGGAUCACCCUGCAGUUCCUUAUCAGCCUGUGUGGAGUCAGCAGUGACACCACACUGCUGCCUUAUAUCAAGAAGGUGGUAAUUUACUUGUGUCGCAACAACACCAUCCAAACUAUGGAGGAGCUGCUGUUUGAGCUGCAGCAGACCGACCCAGUCAACCCUGUGGUUCUGCACUGUGACAACCCUCCCUUUUAUCGCUUUGCUGCAAGCAACAAAGCUUCCACCUCCCAGACAGGCACCACCUCCAGCAGUAACACUGUAGUGGCCGGUCAGGACAACCUGCCAGACACAGAUGAGAGCAAGCUGGUCAGAGAGAGUGAAGAGCGACGGGCCAGGGCGCACAACAGACUGGAGUCUCGCUACAGCAACAGCUCCGGAGGCUCCUACGAAGAUGAAAAGAAUGACCCACUGCCGCCAUACGCCGGAUGGCUACUGAGUGUUCUGGAGACCAACCGUCCUCAGCCGUUACCGAUGCCUGUAAACGGAGGCUGCUGGGCACCUCUAGUUGACUACCUUCCAGAAACCAUCACACCUAGAGGGCCACUGCAUAGGUGUAACAUUGCCGUUAUUUUUAUGACUGAAAUGGUGGUGGAUCACAGCGUGAGAGAAGACUGGGCUUUACAUCUGCCUCUGCUGCUGCAUGCCCUCUUCUUGGGUCUGGACCACUACAGACCAGAGGUCUACGAACACAGCAAACGUCUCCUUCUCCACCUCCUCAUUGCUCUGUCCUGCAACAACAACUUCCAGGUGAUUGCAUCAGUUCUGAUGCUAACAAGAGAGAUCAGUGAUAACAAGACCCUCACCAUUAAGUCCAGCUACCACACAGAGUACCAGCAGUCACAUGCACCUGACUUUCUGCGAGAGUGGCAGGCAUCUCCUGUGGUGGACUCAGGACUCAGCUCCACCUCCAACUCAUCCUCUGCUAGCCUGGGUGGUGGCAGCACUGCAGGCAGUGUUGGAAACUUGCCCCUUGUGACACCCGAUGACCUGGAGGAUCUUGAAGAUACGCCCAACGAGACGGAUGAGAAGACAAACAAACUCAUUGAAUUCCUCUCGACCAGAGCAUUUGGGCCACUGUGGGUGCAUGAGGACAUCACGCCAAAGAACCCCAACUCCAAGAGCACAGAGCAGCUCUCCAACUUCCUGCGUCAUGUCGUCUCUGUCUUCAAGGAGUCCAAGUCAGACUUCCAUCUGGAGCAACAGCUGAGCGAUGUGGCCUUACAGACGGCUCUGUGCAGCUCCUCGCGUCACUAUGCCGGGCGCUCUUUCCAGAUCUUCAGAGCCCUCAAACAACCAAUCAACAACCACGCUGUCUCUGACCUCGUCUCACGCCUUGUUGAGGUGGUGGGAGAACAUGGAGACGAAGUGCAGGGCUAUGUGAUGGAGGUGCUGUUAACGCUGGAGUCAGUGGUGGUGAAUCUAGCCGAGUGUCUGAAAAACAGUGACCUGAUGGCAGCUCUUACCAGAACGUCCUCACCAGAUUUUGUGACUAGUGACAAGCUGAUGAACAGAAAGAGCACAGGUCAGCUGAACUUCCCCGGCCCAGGAUUUGGUGGUCUGUCAUCACAACGCCACCAGCGCUCCUAUUCUGUCCCCAAGAAGUUUGGCGAGUGUGGCAACCAGUCGAGUGAUCCUCCUCGCAGUGCAACUCUGGAUCGCAUACAGGCCUGCAACAGUCACGGUCUUGCCCGGAUGGGAAGAACCCCUGGAUCCUGCACUUCGUCAACAAAUCGUAUUGAUCCCAGUGUUCUGUCGGAUCCUGCACAUGUUUCUCAUCCUUCAUCAAUACUGGCCACAGUUUUCUGGGUGGCGGUGUCACUCAUGGAGUCGGACUUUGAGUUUGAAUAUCAAAUGUCGCUUCGUCUCGUUCACAAGCUGCUGUCAAAGGUGCCAUUAGACAGAGCAGAGAACCGUGAGCGGCUGGAGAAGUUGCAGGCUCAGCUGAGAUGGAGCGGAUUCUCUGGCAUUCAGCAGCUUUUGUUGAAGGGUUUUACCUCCCAAGCCACGUCUGACCUCACCUUACAGCUCUUCUGCCAACUCACACCAGUCUCCCGAGUGCCUGUCGUUGACAGUUCACAGUCUAUAGGAUUUCCUCUGAAUGUCUUGUGUCUGCUGCCUCACCUGGUGCAGCACUUUGGCCACCCAACACAGUUCUGUAAGGAGAGCGCUGAGAGGAUUGCACAGGUGUGUUUGGUGGAGAAAAACACAAAGCUGUCCCAUCUCGCUCAUGUGAUGACUCUCUAUAAGACACGCUCCUACACUCGGGACCCUUUCUCCUGGGUCAGUGUGGUUUGCAGAUACCUCCAUGAGGCCUUCUCUGACAUCACACUCAACAUGGUCACCUACAUGGCUGAGCUGCUGGAUAAGGGUCUCCCCAGUAUGCAGCAGUCUCUCCUCCAGAUCAUCUACUGUCUGCUCAGCCACAUGGAUCUGACUGCUGUACAAGUCAAACAGUUCAAUGCUGAUGUCAUUAAGACCAUUGAGAAGUUUGUCCAGACAAUACACUGGAAGGACGCUUUAAACAUAUUGAAGCUGGUUGUAUCACGCUCCGCCAGCCUAGUUCAUCCGGUUUACGGCCACUCACAGGGUGAUCUUUCCAACCUUGAAGUCAGCAGAGUGUGGGACGGCUCAGCCAAGGCUCUGCCUGGGAAAACACUGGACUUCACAUUUGACAUCUCAGAGACGCCAGUGAUCGGACGUCGGUUUGAUGAGCUCCAGGGUUCAGGCGGUAGAGAGGGGAAGGCCAGAGCCAUGGCUGUAACCCGCAGUACUUCCUCCACCUCCUCUGGAUCCAAUUCUAACACCAUCCUGGUUCCUGUCAGCUGGAGACGACCACAAUCCUCUCAGAAAAGAACCAGAGAGAAGCUGGUGAACGUCUUAUCUCUGUGCGGACAAGAAGUUGGACUCACCAAGAACCCAUCGGUAAUCUUCUCGUCCUGUGGCGACUUGGACAUGAUGGAGGUGCGGGAGAGUGGCGUGUCUUCCGAGGAGGGUGGUACCAGAGAGGACACAUUAGAUGACACUGCCAGCGAGCAGCAGUUCAGGGUUUUCCGAGACUUUGACUUCCUAGACGUGGAGCUGGAGGACGGAGAGGAGCUCCAGGGCGAGACUGUCGAUAACUUUAAUUGGGGUGUGCGUCGGCGAUCUCUGGACAGCACAGAGCUGGGCGACCUGCUGGAAGAGAGCCAGCACUCGGGCAGCACCCCCAGUUUGGGUCACGAGGACCCCCACGACUCAGACGAGUCCUCCGAAGAAGAGGAGUCUUCAACUAGCCAGAGCCUUUCACAUUCUCAGCUUACUAACCCUUCUCCAUCAGAGGAAACCAAUCACACGGAUUCUCUAUCGACUUCUUACGACACAUCUGCCGACCCCCAGUCCUUCAAUGCCACCACCCCGGGCCAGGGAGUGCUCCAUGACGAUCACAGUGGCCUACAUGGGAGGGUGUGUGGUGAGGACGAGGACACUCAGGCUCAGGACGACGAACUCUCACUGAGCGCCAACGAGCUCCCUCACGGCUCAGACUGCGGUGAGAGCUUCACGCUGGAGUUGCCAGGACAACCGCAGGAUCUCCCGCCGAAUCUGAACCGCGGCCUCAACCCAGACUACUGCCAACCUCCGCUGGACUUUCUAGACCCAAACUGUCUGCCCAGCUUACGUGAUGAUGUAGAUGAUUUGGAAGACCUUGGGUUUCCUCCUCCCCCCUCUCCAUUUUUCUCCGCCAUCUUGGCAGCCUUCCAACCCAUAGUGUGUGACGAUGCCGAGGAGGCGUGGCGCUGUCACAUCAACCAGCUUGUGACCGACUCGGAUGGGUCUUGUGCCGUCUACACUUUUCAGGUCUUCUCAUCUCUGUUUAAGAACAUCCAGGGUAAAUUCUGCACUUUGACUACUGAUGUUGCCACAUACCUUGGUGAGGGAUUAAGGGGAAUUGGAUCAAAGUUUCUCAGGUCCUCACAGAUGCUGACCACAUGCUCAGACUGUCCUACCAUCUACAUUGAUGCUGACACCAUCAUGUCCUAUGGUCUGCUUGAAAAGAUGAAGUUCAGUGCGCUGGAGCUGCAGGAGUACCUGGAUACCUACAACACCAAAGAGGAGGCUGCCGUAUCGUGGCUGAGGAACUGUAAGGACACAUUUCCCAGGUGCCCCGGUGACAGUGUCGUUACCUGCCAACCUGGAGACUCAGAAGAGAAGCAAAUGGAAUCUCUUGCACAACUGGAGCUUUGUCAGAGGCUCUACAAGCUGCACUUCCAGCUCCUGCUACUAUUCCAGUCUUACUGCUCGCUCAUUGGUCAAGUUCAUGCCAUCAGCUCUGUGCCUGAGCUGCUGAACAUGUCUCGAGAGCUCACUGAUCUGAAGACCAGCCUCCAGGCAGCAGAGGCGGCUGUAGCCAGCGAUUUGGAGCACAAACACUUGGCCCACACUCACGCUCAUGCCACUCAGGUGGCAGCCAUGGUUGUGCCCAGCUUCCCAACCUCAGAGGCGGCUGUCCAGGCCAUACUAGAGUGCCUUAAGAACCAUGAGUUCACCAAAGCUGUGCGCUACAUCCAGGAGUGCAGGAGGCAGUGGCCCCAUGGAGUGUUCGGUGGCAGCUCAGAGAGCGAAGUCCAGACGCUGCUCAAUGUCUACUUCCGCCACCAGACGCUGGGACAGACGGGCACCAUCGCGCUGGUUGGUUCCCGGCAGGACCUCAGCCUGAUCUGCUCCAAGCUGCUGGAGCUCAACGGGGAGAUCCGCGACAUGAUCCGCCGCGCCCAGGGGUACCGGGUCGUCACAACUUACCUCCCCGAUUCCAGCGCCUCCGCGACCAGUCUCUGACAGGACCUCAGGAGCCUCCCUCCCCCUCCUUCACCUCCCCCAUCACUCCAACCAUUAACGCUUCCGCAUCUCCCACUGGCCUCUCAGCCUGCCUUUACAGAAGGGGUCCAGCACCCACACACCUGGCCGUUGCCUCCUCCUGUGUGUCUGCUGCCGCGGCUGCACAGCUCCAGACAGAUACCCGCCCACCGCUAGAACCAUAUCUGGACCUAAAUCAUUCUCUGCUCUCUUUAUCCUCAUCCACUGUAAACUGUGAUAUUUCCUCGCAUGAUUUCCCCAAACCGCCAGACCUGUUCUCAUCACGUAGCUCCUUGAAAGCACCAGGCCAACCGGAUUUUACACUGCCACGCACAAAAGAAGCAAGGAGGAGUUAUUUCAGUGAGAACACCAGCCUUUAUUAUCCUUUCAGAGGACAUUCAUCACACAGUUCCCCGCUGUCACAUUUGCACAGCAACAAACACCCGAUAUCGUCUCUUAUGUCUCACGCACUUCCAACUGUAGCCUCAGAGCCCACUUUGCUCACACACACCUACACAAAUGCGUCACCCAUGUCUUCUCGGGGCUCACAUCUUCCUCAUUUCCCCCGCUCUCCGUACAAACACUCGAGCUCAUCCUCAAUUUCACACCCGGGCCACGACACAGUCUUAACCCAGGGCCCGGCUCCAUCUUCAUCUCUUCCCCUUCCUCCACCUCCCCCUCCCUGUCCCACCGGCCCAGGAGAGGCUGCAGCAUGGGGUUGUUGUUGCUCCCUCGGUGGGGCUGCCACGCCCUUAUCUCGCUACCUGGGGAAGGUGGGACACGCUGCCCUGCCCCUAUUGAAAGUAGGGGGGCUCCUGAAUGCUGAACCGUCAGACGUCCAGACCUAAGACGUUAACCAGACUACUAGAGGACCUGAAGAGCUUAAACCUCUCAAUCCAAUACCUGAAACUUGCUUUUCCUGAUCAACUGUCAGAUAUUUGUAUCUGAAAAGGAGACCAUGACACACCUGUGAUAGGUGAAGAUUUUACACCAUGUCCCAUGCAUUCAUGGGAUGCAUCUUUAAACUCACUGGAUACGACAGAUCGCUGCCUGCUGAUGAAGAUGACCUGAUGCGAUUCUCUCCGAGCGCUAGCUUUGCUUCAAAGCUACAUGUUGUAUAAAUAAUGUGCUCCUGGUCUAAGUCCUGCUUGAUGGUCAUUGUCCAGCAUCUUAUCUGUUCUGCACCUGAGGACCUGUGAAGGCUUUUAGCUUGGAUUUCUAACCUGCUUCCCAGAGGAACUCGAUACACGAUUGACUGUUGCUGCCUCCUUCAGGAAGAAUGUAGUUUGUUGGUAGUAUCACAAGAGACAGUGAGGAAACUACCCAUGACUACGUAGCAUCACUGGAAGAGUUUCCUCUAUUGCACUAAAUGGAGUUUUGAGAUUUUUUUUUAAAUGUUGCAAAAAAGCAAUUAUGUUACCGUUUGUUUUGUUACUGUGAGAGAAAAAAAGGCUGUCACUUUCACUACGAAGGAAGAGCCAAAUGCUGGAGUCUCUCUUACUGUGUCUACUGUUCUGAGACCUCCACUGGAGGAAACUGUGCAAUGCAUGACCCAGUUGAAUGCUUUCCACUGUACACAAGCUUCCCUUAAGCACCCCAAAAGUCUGACGGACAGAGCAGAUGCAGAAUAUUCAAGCAUAAUUCCUUGUGCUGCUCUCGCCCCGUUUAUAUUCUGUAUCAGUGAACCAGCUUGUCCUCUGACUACUGUUGUACACAUUGGUAGACUAAUAAUGCCAUUAUCUGUGUGUGCGCCGUACACUCCUGUGGCUAGUUGUAGCAUCAUUAGUGAGUGUACACACUAGAUUUAUCACUGUCCUGCACCGUUACAUGUUGACUUUGUGUUCACAUGCCAAGAGGAUGGUGCAUGUAUACACUCAAUAUUUUAUCUUUUGGUCUGUAUACUGUUAAUAGUUCUGGUCACACAAUCAUAGUAGCAUAUGUUUGUGUGUGGUUUGUAGUUACCUUACAUGUAAGGGAUAUGCUGACAUUCAGCACUCAUUGAUGUUCAAAACAAAACCUGUGCUACUACUGAAGUUGAAUGCUUCUUGUCAGCCUUUUUUGUGACUCUCCCUUGGUUCCCCUCUAGCGAUCACUUGCCCUUCACUGUACAAAUGUCUUUUUUCCUAUUUAUAUCUGAUCAGCUAUAAAUCACUCAUUUGACUUAGGUUUUAUAUUGAUGCUCAUUUUCUCAAAUCAAACUGCCAUGCAUGCAUCCUCUGUGUACUGUACGGAGUGUUUGAAAUAUUUAUUAACAGGAAUCAUUUUAUCUGAAAGUUUGUAUGAGGUACAAAAGGGAGCCUCAAGCUCACGCGGGUGUGUUUUUUUUUUCUGUGUGUGGGAGAACGUGUGUUUGCAUGCCAAACGAGAAGUUGCACAUUUUUAAAGCUUUUUAGAUGAAGACAGUAGUUGUUUUUUUUCCACCUUGUAAAUACUUUUACAGCCUUUGUGAAGUUGUUUUGAGUUGAAGCUCUGUACAAGUUGGUGUCAAAGUAAAGACAUAUCAAUAUUA